AUGAAUAUUGUCAUUGUUAAAAUCACUGAUCCCGACAGCAAUCUCAACACCUUUGUUGUCAAUAGCUACAUCCCACCUAAAAAUAGCAAACAGAAAAACCGCACUAACUGCUCCGAGGCAAACUUUGAUGCCCUUCAGGAAAAAAUAACCAGCAUCAAGAAUAACCCCAGUGAUGAGCUAUUACUUCUUGGUUACCUUAAUGCCAGGAUAGGAGUAGCUCCAGAUUUUCAUAUGUAUGACAGAGCGGACGAAUUCGAGCUCUUUCCAGAAACUGGCAGGUCUUCCGACUUCAUGGUUAUACCUGACGUGGUACCUAUAUCUCAAAAUAGGAACAGCCAGGACAAAAUUACCAAUAGACACAAAAACCUUUUGCUUGACCUCUGUGGAUCGCAAAACCUCCUGAUCCUUAAUGGACGUACCAUCGGUGACUCUGCUGGAAAAUACACAUGCUACAAGUGGAACGGAAACAGCGUAGUGGACUACUUCAUUGCAUCAACAUCCUUUCUUCACCGUUUCAAGAGCCUCUCAGUGGGUGAGCACACUCUGUUCUCCGAUCACAAUCCAGUCUUACUCAGCCUUUGGCAUAGACGCAGGGCCCCUCAAAGGAAUAGUCAAGCUCCCGCCAGUAUCUACGAGGAAGCUCCCUUUCGAUACAAAAUCACAGAAGAGGGUUUAGCCAACUUCACAAAAUCAUUUGAACAGCCUGAGUUCAUUCAAGGAAUCUCCCAACUGACCAAAGAUGUCGAAUCCACUCCAAAAACCCAUGAGGCAGUUGAAGCACUGAAUAGGCAUAUUACAGAACUCAUAAACGAUGUCGCUAAAAAAGUGUUCGAUAUCUCUAAACAAACUAAGAAUCCAAAACCCAAGUUCGCCUCAUGGUUUGACGGCAAGCGUCACACUGCACGACGCCUUUUCAAACGGUCAAUAAAAAUUGUCGACAAUAAUCCUGAUAACCAGAGAAUCAAAACACGGCAUCGUGCCAACUCUAAAGGAUAUCGAAAGAUUGUCAAUAAGAAAAGGGAUGACUUCUUCAAUAGCCUUAAAAAGAAGAUUAAAAACGGUAAAACUAUAUCCUGGAGAGAUUUCAAGAAGCUUAAGAACUACAAGAAGGAAGAAGUCCAAACUGAAACGGAGCAACUCAACUCUUUCCAUCAGUUCUACUCUGAGCUAUAUUCUGACAAUCAUCCAACCGUAGACACUCUCACUAAAAGAGCUCUCCUCGAAGAAGCCAACGCCCUAUCCGAGGGAUCUGCCCCUAAUGAGUCACUGAACAGCCCAUUUACAUCGGAUGAGCUGAACGCUGCGCUAGGCGAACUCAAAUCGGGCAAAGCAUCUUCUUUUGACCACAUCAGCAACGAAAUGCUCCGGGGUCUGAGCAUGAAUAUGAGGUCGCUCCUCCUCAAACUCUUCAAUUUGUGCCUGGAGACAGGAGUUUACCUCUGGAGCAAAAGUGUGAUCACACCAAUUCACAAAAAAGGGUGCAUCAGGAACCCUGACAACUAUAGAGCAAUAGCAGUCUGUAGCUGUAUCGGAAAACUGCUCUCUACGAUGCUGCUAUCUCGGCUCGUUAAUCACCGCCAAAUCUCACAUCCUGAUCCACCCAACCAAGCAGGCUUUACCAAAGGAAGUCAAUGUAAUGACCAUAUAUUCACGCUGAUGUCCACCAUAGAAAAAUACAAGAAAGUCAAAAGUAAAAUAUAUGCAGUGUUCAUUGAUCUUCGCAAAGCUUUCGAUCUAGUCUGCAGACAAGCUCUCAUGUUCAAACUAGCCUGCUAUGGUGUCAAUGGUGGCUACUACGACAUCAUCAAAGACAUGUACAGCAAAUCAGAGGGUCAUAUCAAGAUGAAUGGUAAAAUCAGUGAAGCAUUCAAGAUCCUUAAAGGGACUGAACAAGGACACCCACUUAGCCCUGAGUUUUUCAAAGUUUACUUUAAAAAGCUUUCUGACCUCGAACUGCCCGACACUCGCUGGACUUUCAGUGACUCACUUAGCGUGGGCUGA